GAAGGCUUAGUUCCGAUCGUGUCCUCUUGAUUCUUGGGGUUAAAUGAACGUGUCGUCGAUUCGUCGUGAAGGGUCUCGAGGGUAUGUCGCGUGCUUGGUCGGCGAUGGCUGGAAUAGUCAGAUUGGUUGCAGAGUUCACUCUCUCGUCUCUCGUCCUCGUUCUUCAUUGUGGUGAAGAAAUUUGAAAUCGGUUCGUUCGUUUUGCAAGGUGCUCGCUUUUCCCCUUUCGUACCCUUCUCUUAUCCGCUGAGCUCCUGCUUUUCGCGGCGUGCAUUACUCCUCCCUUUGACGACGCGGCGAUGCGUAGUAGACAGAGGAUGGGUUGCUUUUGAUGUUCUUCUUAUGUGGUCGAGAGGUUAUACCAGGUUAUACCAUGGGUGGUGGUUUAUCUGAGUUGGUCCAUAUCUGAGCCUAAUUCACCCGAUUAUAUCUGCUUCUGAUCAGAGAUCCCAUAUUUGUAUACAGCUUCUUUAGAAGAGUCCAACAAAGAAGACACUGCUUUAUGACCCUAUGUUAACUUUAUUCCCCUAGACCUGCCUCUAAAUUUUGUUCUCAUCUCGCCAUAUUCAGAGGAAGAAUAUAAUAUGCAGUUCUUAAAACUGUCUUUUCCUAAUCCCCUCACUCCAUCCAAUUCGCCACCUUCUGCACAUUUCUUGACUUCUGUUUUACCAUGGCAUCAACCCAUCAAACCUGGAUACAACUCAGGUUCAGUUCCUAGUUUGUACACAUCAUCUGGAAAGUUCUCUAGGCCACUCAUUAGUUUGGGAAAACGCAGCUGUUCAGUUAGAGUCUGUUGUGGAAUGGCAGAACAUGAUGACAGUUUUUACAUGAGGAGGUGUGUGGAGCUUGCAAGGACAGCGAUUGGCUGUACAAGUCCCAAUCCUUUGGUGGGAUGCGUAAUUGUCAAGGAUGGGAAGAUUGUUGGCGAAGGAUUCCAUCCCAAAGCUGGUCAGCCUCAUGCUGAGGUGUUUGCUUUGAGAGAUGCUGGUGAUUUGGCGGAGAAUGCAACUGCUUACGUGAGCUUGGAACCAUGUAAUCAUUUUGGAAGGACUCCACCGUGUACAGAGGCACUGAUCAAAGCGAAAGUAAGAAAGGUGGUAGUUGGGAUGGUAGAUCCUAAUCCACUCGUGGCUUCAAAAGGUAUUGAUAGAUUAAGAGCUGCGGGGAUCGAGGUGACUGUUGGGGUGGAGGAAGCACUAUGCAAGAGUCUCAAUGAGGCCUUUUUACAUCUGAUGCUCACUAAGAAGCCUCUUCUUGCUCUCAGGUACUCCAUCUCCCUUAACGGCCAAGUCUCAGAUCAUCUUGGUGAAGGAGCCACUGACUCUGGUGGGUACUACUCCAAGUUACUGCAGGAAUAUGAUGCAGUCAUCCUCUCGUCAACCUCAUUAUCUGAUAAAUUGUCACUGCCCACUUCCCAAGAACCUGGUGCCAAUCAACCUCUUCGGAUAGUAGUAGCAAGAAGUUCCAAUGCCACACUUGAUGUCCCAGGUCUCGCUGCAGGAGUAAAUUCCAAGCUUAUUAUAUUUACAGACAAAGAGAGUGGUGUGGAAUCAAAAGGGUCUCUUGAAGGAGUCGAGACAGUUAUUUUAGAUAAGAUAAAUAUGGAUGCCAUCUUGGACUACUGUAAACGUCAAGGUAUGUGCAGUGUUUUGUUAGACUUCACAGGGAAUGCAUAUGACUUCGAAGAGCUUGUCAAGGAGAGUGUUGAGCAGAAUCUGCUGCAGAAGAUUUUGGUCGAAGUGUUGCCUCUAUGGUGCGAAAGAAAUGACAGAAAUGCACGUUUCCCUUUGAACAUGGCGGAAGUACACAAAAUAAAGAACUUGCGACCCAAGAUGUACAAUAAGAGCAUCAUAUUGGAGGGUCAUCUUUAGCAGAAGCAACUCGAUCAAGGCAAUUGACUAUGUGACUUUGUGCGAGAUGCUGUGCAUUGAAAUAAACGGUGACAUUUGCUUCAUUCCUGAGAAAUAUUAUGUAGCUGGCUCUUUCGAAGUACCUGAUGUUUGCAAUUCAUAAAUGGAUUAUUAUGACAGUUUUUUAUUGGAUAAGAUAGAUGAGGAGACGUGUAUCUGACUUUUAUAAAUACCGGGGAGCUCUUUCAUGA